AUGAUGUUCCGGACGCUUAGUCGAGCCCAAGUGGCCAGAUGGAGUGUGAGAGGGUUGGCGUCGGCGUCGCUGCCGGCGAAAGCCACCGCCACCGCUGCGAUCGACCCCUCGGUGAAGCCGCCGGCGGGGCUGCUGUUGCUGUUGAAAAACGCCCUGAGGGACGAGUCCAAGUACGGGUCGAGACCCAUCUACCUCGACGUGCAAGCCACCACCCCGAUGGACCCCCGUGUGCUCGAUAAAAUGUUGCCGUUCUUCACUGGAUUGUACGGUAACCCGCAUUCGCUGACCCACGCCUACGGCUGGGAAGCGGACAAGGAAGUGGAAAAGGCGCGUGAACACGUCGCCAAAGUCAUCAACGCCGACCCUAAGGAGAUUAUCUUCACCCUGGGGGCCACCGAAACUAAUAACAUGGUGAUCAAAGGUGUGGCGCGCUUCUACCGCAAAACUAAGAACCACAUCAUCACCACCCAAACCGAACACAAGUGUGUGUUGGACUCGUGCCGUUACUUGCAAGACAACGGCUUCGAAGUCACCUACUUGCCCGUCGACUCCCACGGGUUGAUCAACCUCGACGACCUUAAGGCCGCCAUCCGUAAGGAAACCGUGUUGGUGUCGGUGAUGGCGGUGAACAAUGAAAUCGGGGUUAUCCAACCGCUUAAGGAAAUCGGGCAAAUCUGUCGCGCCAACAAGGUGUUCUUCCACACCGAUGCCGCCCAGGCCUACGGUAAGAUCGACAUUGACGUCAACGAAAUGAACAUCGACGUGAUGUCGAUCUCGUCGCACAAGAUCUACGGCCCCAAGGGGAUGGGGGCUGCCUACAUUCGCAGAAGACCUAGAGUGCGGUUGGAAGCGCUUAUCUCCGGUGGUGGUCAAGAACGUGGGUUGAGAUCGGGUACGUUGGCGCCGGCGUUGGUGGCCGGGUUCGGUGAGGCCGCGAGAUUGGUCAAGCAAGAAAAGGACUACGACACCGCCCACAUCACCAGAUUGUCGAACAAGUUGAAGAACGGGUUGUUGGCGAUCCCCCACACCCAGUUCAACGGGUCGGACCAGACUGACUCGCAAUACCCCGGGUGUGUCAACGUGUCGUUUGCCUACAUCGAAGGGGAAUCGUUGUUGAUGGCGUUGAAGGACAUUGCCCUUUCCUCGGGGUCGGCGUGUACGUCAGCGUCGCUUGAACCGUCAUACGUGUUGCACGCGUUGGGUGCCGACGAUGCCUUGGCCCACUCGUCUAUCAGAUUCGGUAUUGGUCGGUUCACCACCGAGGCCGAGAUUGACUACGUCAUCGAAGCCAUCACCCAGAGAGUGGGGUUCUUGCGGGAAAUGUCCCCGUUGUGGGAAAUGGUCCAGGAAGGUAUCGACCUCGAUACCAUCGAGUGGAGUGGCCACUGA